AUGUCCUUGUUUUUAGAAGAAUCUGAAAAAAAUAAAGGUUAAUGGUAUAUUGUAAAACCUUCUGCAUAAUCAUAAGGAAAAGGAAUAUUUGUUACCGAUAAUAUAAACGAAAUUGUAAAAAAGUAAAAUGGAAGUAUGGUUGUUUGUCAUUAUAUUUCUAAUCCUAUGCUUAUUAAUGAUUUAAAAUUCGAUUUAAGAAUAUAUGUUGCUCUAACAAGUAUAAAUCCUUUAAAAAUAUUCAUUUAUGAUGAAGGAUUAGUUAGAUUUGCAACUUGUCCAUAUAAUACAGACAAAAAUUCAAAACCAAGCAAAUUUGUUCAUUUAACAAAUUAUAGUGUUAAUAAAUUAAAUACAAAUUUUGUAGCAAAUAAAGUAUAUUUUUAUUUUUGUCUAUUAAAUAAAUAAAAUUAAAAGGACGCUGAUAAUGAUAAUACAGGAAGUAAAUGGAGUUUAUCAGCUUUCAAAGAUUAUUUAAAGAUAAAUGGCUUUAAUAUACAAUUAAUUUUUGACAGAAUAGAAGAUUUAGUUAUCAAAACUAUACUUUCAAUAGAAAAUAAUACUAAUAAUAGUUUAUAAAACCAUGUUCCUUAUAUGAAUAAUUGCUUCGAAUUGCUAGGAUUCGAUAUUCUAAUUGAUUCAAAUCAAAAACCUUGGCUUUUAGAAGUUAAUUUAUCACCAAGUCUUAAUACGGAUUCGCCUUUAGAUUUAAAAAUUAAAGGAAAUUUAAUUGCUGAUUUAUUUACGUUAGUUGGUAUAGUGCCAAAUGAUUAAAGAUAUUUAAGUGAUUAGACUCAUAUUUUAUUACAAAAUAAUGCCUUUUCAGAAAAAUAAAUAAGCGCUUAAUUAGAAAAUCUAAAUAAUUGGAAUAAAUAUAAAAAUGAGCUUAACAAAGUAGAAAAAUAUAUUAUUAAAGAAUCUGAAGAAGAAUUGAAAAGGUAAUCUUUAUUUUUCUAAUUUAGUUUAUUUAUAUUUAUAUUAAGAUGUAGAAAAUUUAAAAGAAUAUAUCCAAAUGAAAGUUCUUUAAAAUAUAAAAAUUUCUUUGAUGUGGAAAGGCCUUAUAAUGUUUUAUUAAGAAAUUAGUAAUAUUAUAUAAAUAAUUAUAAUUAUAUAUAUAUAAAUAUAUAUAUAUAUAUAUAUAUAUAUAUAUAUAUAUAUAUAUUAUAAUUAUAUAUUCAUUUUUAUUUUUAUUAUUCUUUCUCUUAAAAAAUAUAAUAAAGUGAAAUCGAUAAGUUUAAAGCUAAUAAUUAAAACAGUUAACUUAUUUAUUAAAAUAAUUAUUUAAAAAAUAAUAGAUUUUAAAGUAUUAAUAAUUAAACAGCUUCUUAAAUUCUUUAAAAUAGUAUUUAAAAUAAAAACAAUACAAGCAAAGCUUAUUUUAAAUAUUGA